AUGAGUGAAAAUACUAGCGGUAGUAGUGGAGGAGGUGGACAAGGUGAACUAUUCUUACAGAUACUUAGAGAUUUGAAGGGUUUAGUUACAAAACAUCAACAAAAUAGUUUGGGAUUUAGUAAAUUGUUUCAAAAGAGUGACCAAAUACUUAAAAAUCAAAUCAAUCAAAAUAUAGAAAAGAAUGUACAACUUGAACAACAACAACAAAAACAAUCAGAACAAAUAGAACAACCAGAACAAUCGACGACGACGACAACAACAACUACAAAUAUAAAUAUAGAUAUAGAACAACUUUCAAGUAAACAUCAAAAAGAAAUUGAAAACUUGGAGAAUGAUAUAGAACAAUUACACAAGGUUAUAACAACAUUAGAGAUUGAAAAUAAUAGUCAUGUGGCUGCUUAUUCAGAUUUAAAAUCAUCUGUUGAAAGCAUUGUAGAUAAAGGAAGAUUACAAAUGAAACUUUUUAAUGAAUCAAAUCAAUCAAACAAAACAUUACAACAUGAAUUGGAAGCAGAAAGAGCAAAGAAUCAUCAAUUGAGAAGAGAAAGUGAAACAUUGAAAUCGACGAUUGCAGAUAUGUUUGAAUUAUUACAAGGUGCAGCUCAAAGUGAUGACCCAUUACCAUUAGAAUUUGCUCAACUCAUUGAAGAAAACAAGAAUCUUCGAAACAUGUUAUUUAUUUCUGAUCAAUUCCAAGAUGUUGAUCAAUCCUCUAGUACUCAACAACAACAAUCUUCUUCUUCUACUUCUUCUUCUUCAACAGAAAAUGAAAAUCAAAUAGAAACUAGUUAA